GGAAACAAUGAAAACUAAUGGCGGCUGAAACUAAUUUAAGCUCUUAUCCUGGAUGUUUUACGAACUUACAGAGUAUUUAAAUUAUUGUUUUAAAAGGGAUUAACACCUCUUUUGGUAAGUCAAUUUAUUAUUUCCUUUUCUUUGAAGUGUUAUGUAAAAUAUUAAAAGCCAUCAGGGAUAAUUUGUUAAACUUUAUUUAAAAAAACUUUAUUUUUUAAAAAAAUAUUCAAUCCUAAGUCACUAAGUCUAAGUCUAAGUCCGUUUAAAAAGCUAUGCUGUAGAAAAUGAAAGGUAAAAAUAAUUUUGUAUGAUGGUAUAAAUGGUUAAUAUUUAUAAUUCCCCCUAUUCCUAAGCUGAGACUAGGCAAAAGAAGCCAUUCCCCUUUUUCAAACUAGUUGGGCUAGGGCUAGGCAAGGCAAUCUGGAAUCUCACAUUUUGGUACACCUGCCUUAAGACUUGAUUCUUAAAUGACUUGUUGAUUUAAUUCAAUAACUGUACUGUAAUUAAAAUAAAGUGCCAUAAGACUUAUUCAGUUAAUGCUUUGAGAAAUUUUGCAACAAGUUAUUUAGCCUAUACAAAAAGUUACAUACACAUUGUCUUGCUGUACACAAAUUUUUCAGAUGUUAGAGAUUUAUAGGAUCAUGAAUUUAAGAGUAAGGGUAAAGAAAAACAAUGUUUAAUUUUCUUAAAUAUGUCAACAGAAAAUGGCAACAGCAACACACAUCUCAAAAGUUUCUAGUACCGGGAGCAAUUUGUCUAACUAUGCAAAUGCAAAGCCUAAGCCUGCUUCAAAUAUUCGCCUUGAACCAAUCAAAUUUAAAAGACAUCGCCAUGAUAGGCAAGCAGCAGAGAAAAGUGCAACCCUUAGAAGUGAACUUCCUAUCUUACGCAAACAGGACAUUGCCAAGUAAGUGUUUUCUUACAAUUUAAUAAAUGUAUCUUUAAGUAAACCUUGUAUAUUCCAAAAAUGAAUUCAAAUAAAUUUUGGAGUUGCUUCACAUUAUAUUAAAUCAAUAUUAUUAAAAUUUAACAAAAAUACAAAACUUUGACUAACUGCCAUUAAUUAUAAUUUUUUUUUGUCCAUAGAGUAUGAAACUAGGGUAUUUUGAUAUGGGCUAUUGAUAUGUUGUGCAGUGUCAUUUAAAAAAAGAUGUUGUUAAGCAUGUUUGGCAAUUGUUGACAAGUGGGGUGGGGGUUAUAUUAAUUGAUGUCAACAAUCAUGUUUUCUCUAUUAAAAUUUUAAUCUUAAAAAUUAAUUGGUUAUUAUAUUAUUUUAACAAGUUUAAUAAGUUUAAAUUAAAAUAAUUAUAUAAUUUUUGGGCUUUUAACAAUGUAAGAUUGAUUUAAUGUGUGUCUGUCUGUGCACUGCUGAUGGCUGGUCAGAAUGUUAGCACAUUUUGUAAGUGUAAGAGAAGUCAAAAGUUGGCCUCUCUACACCUGUAGAUUCGGUCUGCCGCAAAUGACUAGGGCAGUAUGUUUGCGAUCGUGUUGAAGGUCUGGAACAAGGACAAUAUUAAAGUGUCAUGUGCAGUCAAGAUGAAUGGUAUUGGUAGCGUAGGAAAAUGAUAUUUUCAAAAUUAGGGGAAAGUAAAGUGAGUAAAAAUAAUACCAUCGCUGCUUGAACGGAUUUGCAAAAUCUGUAACAUUUAUUUUUCAUCGCAAGACAUGUUGAAACUGUAGCAAGUUCAACAGCACCGACAAUGCAUAAGAAAUUACCAGCUGCUCCUCAACAAAAAAGGAUUCGACUAAUGCAAGUGGCUGCCAGGAGACAGGGAGAGCUUAUGGCAAUUGUUGCUCACACUGACAAUGCUUCUAUUUUAAGUGCUGUAUGGUUAGAUGAUGUUGACUUGUCUGGUAUAUCAGUUCCACAAGAUGAAAAUGAUAAAUCAGCUACUAUGCCCAUAGUUACAAUAGAGCAACACCUGGCUACUCCCUGGGAAGGUGAUAGCAGCUAGAAACUAUGCUACAAUUGUCAGCUAUACUGACAAUAAUCAGAUUUCAAUUUCCACAAACAAUGGUAUUUAGUCUUUAAAAAACUUUUCAUUGAUUCUGCAAUAUAAAAUUUAAGUGUAAAAACUUUUUAACUUGUUGAUCAACAAGCUAAAGAUGCAAAAAAUGUUUUUCCUUCAAUUUUGUGUUAUUAAAAUAGAUCAGCACAAAGUAAAAUGUAUUUAUUUAUUCAUUUAUAUAUUUAUUUAUAUUAUAAUUAAUUUUUUUUUGGGAGGGUUGGGGCUAAACAGAUAUCUAUAAUCAGGCUAGGCAAAUUUUGUUUAGCUUUUUGAAUACUGGAGUGUAAUUUUAAUCAGCAGUUGCAUAUAAAUUUUAGGAUGACCAACAAAGUAAAGACUCAGUCCUACUACUUCCUAAAAAAAAAUGUUUAUAGAUUUCCAGUCAGAAGCUGAUUCAAAUGUUUAAUGGCCCUUGAAUCUAAUUUAUAUGGUAUAAAUAUCAUUUAUUUUUAAAAUUAUGUUUGACAUUCCAUUUUUUUACUGCAUUUUUUACUGGUUGAAGUGUUCUUGUUCAUAAUAAAUCAUUGUAGAAAGUGAACAAAUAUGAAAGAAUAUACUUCUAAAUUUCUAUGCUUUCCAUUUGUUUGUUUUUAAAUUAAAAAUUGUGCAAUAAAAAAUUUUAAAAAAUUCUUUUAUCACACUAUCCAUGUGUAAAUAAGUAAAUUGGUUAUGACACUUUAGUAUUAUCAACUCUUUUUUUUAACAACACUUUAUUAUAGGUUCCGUAACUCUUACAAACAUAACCUCUGCUUGGAUAUGCUCACUGAAGGCUACCACCUUUCCUUCUGUGAGUUAAUCAAUCUCAUACGCCAGCAGCAUGAACGCAGAGAAGCAGCAGGACCAGAGUCAUUUUUAUGGACAAAGCCAGUUCUCCCAGACCAGCCAGAGAAGUUAGAUAUGAUGAAGGUUUAUCUCACGCGGGCAGAAGCUGCCAGCAGAAUUGGUAAUAAAUAAAUAUAUUAAAAUUUAACAAAACACUAAGCUUGAGCCCCAGGAAUAAUAUUUGCAAUUAAUAUUUUUAAAGUUUUGUUACUUUUUAAAUUAAUUUUUUUUUUAUUUACUUGAUUAUCAUUUUAAUUGACAUUAUCAUAUGGAAAGAAACCCAAUUGAUUGACUUCUAUAAUAUAAUACUAUAAUAUAAUAUCAAAUGUAGAUGUCUUUAAAAGAUUAAUCAUUACUUAUUAAUUAUCAUUUUAGUUGCAUCAAUUAUAAAUGACAAAUUAUUUAAUUUAUAUUACACUAUGUAGAUUUUAUCACACGAUUAUCUGUGUAACUGGAAAAUACUAACUAUUUUGAUAGGUAAUUAUUCUGAGGAAUACCAGGCUAGAUAUGACCUAGCUCAAGUGUUUAAAGACAAUCCUGAUGACCAGUGGUUAGCUGACCAUGUUUUCUCCACAUGUCUUGAAGUUGCAAUGAAAGACUCUUCAGAUGGAGGGAAAAUGCAGUCAGAAGGACAUUGCAAUGUCGGAUUAUGUUUACAAAAAAGAGGUAUGGUUCAGUAGGCGUCUAAUGUUUUAAAUAGAUGAUUCUAUUUAACUAUUAAUAAAUUGCUCAAUAAAAUAUAAGUAUUUUUUAUCCAUAAAACAUACAUCUCAAGAACUUUGCAUUCAAAUGGAAUUAGAGAAAGUAUUCAUAAGUUUUCAUUUAGUUUAAUUUAUAUUUUUACUUCCUGCAGUACAUUGGAAUACAAGGAUUUCUAAGUUAAAUUAUAUACUGCAAAAGUGAGAAAUUAAAAUUUUUAGGCAUUAAAAUUACAUUACCAUUAUUAAUUUAAUGACAUGCUCAAUUGGGUAUUUUUUUGGAUCUGUCUGCUUUGGUAGCAUGAAAUCGAAAUUAAUUCAAAUAAUGUUUUGGUUGAUGAUGUUUUUGUGAGCAGAUUUACAGGCGUAUCAGACUUCCAUUUAUUAAAAUUUUUAUGCUUAACCAAUGGUGUGUGGAAUUAAAGAAAAAAUAAUAUUUAUUCAAGCAAUACAAUGACUGGUGAUAUAAUUUUAUAUUAUUUUUAACUACAGGCAACUUUAGAGAGGCAGCAAAACAUUUUGAAGCAUAUCAUAAACAUGCCCAAAACCACAAACAAGAAUGGAGGAUGUCUAAUGGAACAAGCUUCUUCAUAGAUUCCUGUAUCAAACUUUACCACAUUUACACAAUUAUUGGUGCAGAGCAGACCAGAAGUGGGGAACUGGAAGAAAGGGACGCAUCCCUGGAAACAUUAAAACAAGCCCUAGAAAUGGCCAAAAAUAGUAGGUUUAUUUGAGGUUAUUUCUUUUAUUUAAUUCAUACUACUAUAUUGUUUUAAUGUGUGACAGAUUAAGUAUUAAGCUUUAAAAAGAACAAGUAAAAAUUAUAUUUUUUUCCUGCUAAAUUUUAACCAAUAGAUUGAUUAAAUUCUUGCUACACAACUGCAUUAUCCUGUACUAUUUGUUAUUUGAAAUUAUUAAUUAGACACAAGCAAUUUGUGCAAAUAAAAUAAUAUACGUUAAACUUUAAUUAUGGUUACACAGAAUACAAAUGCAAAUGUUUUGUAAAAUGCCUUCAUCAGUACAAAAAAAGCCCCAUUCAUAUAAACAUAAAUUAAAUUUAGAUAAAAUAUAUACAUAUGUAUCCUACCUAAAAAUGAAAGAAAAGAAAAUAAUAAGCAUGGGCACAAGUCCCUAAUGAAAACAAAGCUCAGAAGAAAGGAAAGAAAGUGGAUGAAGGUAACAUUUAAAAACCAAAAAGGAAAAAGAAAUUGCGGCUAUGAAAAAUUAAAUUGUGAAUUUGGUUUAUACCAUAUGGAGUUAUCUUACAAAAUCUUAGUAUUAAUUUAUUUUCCAUAUAAAUUCUAUCAGGUGUAUAACUUGCAUACAAUAUACCAAUAACUUGAAUUUCUAAUAUUCCAUUCUGGUUAGCACUAUUGAAAUGUUUAGAAACUGGACAAAGGGCUUGUUUAUUGAUGUUGUAAAGGAGUUCUCUAAAGCAGUCUCCAAGGCAAUGAUGACCUGUCUCUCCUGUGUAUGAUUUUAAGCACUUUUUACAAAGGAUGGUGUAAAUCACCUUGUAACUUGUGCAAGUAAAACCAUCUUUUAUUCUGAAUAUUUCCAGAGGGAAAAGGAUCAUUUUCAAUGACAUAGGGACAUGUGUUACAGUGACUAUGGUUGCAGCUUUUGGUGCCUAUAUGUGCUUUAAUACACUCUUAUUAUCAGAUGAUUAUAAAAGCCAUUUUUAAUAAAUACAUUGUAAUCCACAUAAAUAACUAUUUUAGGAAAAUAUGAUUCAAGUUGUAAUAUUCAUUUAAUUUUUAUCCAUUGUACGCAAUGAUAUAUUGUUCACUAAUAAUACAGUAAGAUGUCAUUAAGCAGGACUGUUGUGAUUAGUACCACUCAUGGUUUUGGACUUAUCAUGAUUUACAAAUCCCAAAGCAAACCUGGUAUCUUCAAUUCUGUAAAUUAUAUAUAAAAUUAUUAUUAAAAAGCUAUAAAAUAAAAUAUAAAAUACUAUUCUAUUUUAAAAACAGAAAAAAAUAAAAUAAAAAAUAAAAUUACACCAGUCAAACAUUCAAUAUAUGCUUGCAGCAUUGUAUCUCAAGUCUUUUAAUAUGGUUGACUUUGUACAGUGCUUUGAGCCUUUGGGAAUGAAGCGUGAUUUUCAAAUAAACUUUAUUAUUAUUAUUAUGUGUUGUUGAGAAAUAUUGAGAUCAUGAAAUAUUGACUGUCUGGAUUUUUCACUGUCCAGAUUGUAAAAGUCUUCCUGUAAAUCCUUUCAGGAAUUUGAUGCUUUCAAAUUCCUUCUAUGAAUGCAGUCCAUCAUUGGACAACUUACUAUAAAUUAACUUCUUAUAUUAGGAAAACUUUAAGUUAUUUGCCACAGAAUACAAAUUUUUUCUUUCAAUUUCAGUCAUUAUUGUUUAGCAGCAUUUCUUUUUAUUACCUUAAAAAGCCUGUUAUCAAAGUUUCAGAAUAUUUAAAGACAUAAAAUAUAACUGUUUUCAGGCCAAGAUAAGAAAUUAGAAGGUGAGGCAUCCUACAACCUGGGAAUGGCUUACCAGAGAAUUAAUGAACUGGAUACUGCGCUGUCUGUAAGUUGCCUAUGUCAGUAAACAAUUCAGGUUUCUUUAAAUAGUGUUUAAAGUUAUGUUUCAAUGGUUUUCAAACAAGUUUUUUUGUAGUAGCAAUGACUAUUUUAUUUAUUUACUAUAAUGAAAUUCCAAUGAAAUGUCAUAAAAUUUGUAAAAAUUUACUUGCAACAUUUGCUAUUAUUUUUCCAGCAUUUAUUCAACUUCUAUGAAUCUUGUCAAGGCGAUAGUAACAGUGAAGGUGUUGGGCGUGCCUGUGAUUCAAUUGCUAAAAUAUAUGCAAGGUAUAUUUUAUGAACAAGAUGCAUAUCUUAUGUUUAUUUUUUCAUAUUUUCUGCAUCUUUUGUUGGACAAAAAAGCACUUAAAUAAACUGGGUUUUUAAAAGAGCUUUUUGCAUUAUUGAGCUAGGUUUUUUUAAAAAUUAGUAGUUAUGCUCAAAGUAAGAUACAUUUUUACAGAAUAUAAGAUAAAUUAUCCAGUCAACUUUAAAAAUAAAUGUGUCCCCACUCAUUAAUUAGAAUCGGUUACUUCAAACAGGCAAGGCAAUAAAGAAAAAAGUGUUGAGUUUUUGAAACGUUUUGUUGAACUGACUGAAAAGACAGGCCUGGAAAAAGAAUAUUGCCUGGCUUGUCACAACUUGGGCAAUGUCUGCAACUCUGUGGUGAGUGAAUUGUUUUUACUCUCCAAAUGACCUGGUUUGCAAACUAAACUCAAGACUCAACUGAACCCUUUAAAAAAAAAUAAAAGCCAUGUGUCAUUUAUUUUACCUCAAUGAGAAUAAUUUUCUAAAAUAGCACAGUUUUUCAACAAGAAUUCAUUUAAUUUCUCAUGAACUUUCAAGUGUACCACAAAGACUAUUAAUACUUAAAAAAGUAAUACAAAAAUUUGCAAACAUAAAAAUUUUGAAAUUCUAUAUUACAUUUUAGGAUUUAAUAACUAAAUCAAAGUAAGCUAUAAUUUAUACCAGAUUCAUUGAAAACUUAUUUUUGUACCCACAUUACAGGGUAACUAUGAUGAAGCUACUGAAUAUUUUAGUAAAGCCUACAAUAUUUCCCGUGCAUUGGGUGAUCCUGAGUCAACCAAUGUAAACAGAGUGCAGUAUGGUAUUGCAAUGGCCCACAGGAUGAUGGGCAAGUUUGCCAAUCACAUUGUUGUAGGUGGUAAGACCUGCAUAUCGCGACUAGCAGAAUGGAAGAGUGUGAGAACAGACGAGUUUAGCAAGCCCAUACCUGAUACAGGUAAACUAUUUCAAAUAGGUUGAGAAAUUUUACAAAUUAAAGGAAUAUCUUUUUUUAGUAUAUAUUUUUUUUUUAAAUAAAGAAAUUAGGGAAAUAUUAACAGUCUGGAGGAAUAAAAAAAAAGAUAUGUCUGUGGUUGAUAUUAAUUUGUCUUGGUGUUUAUAAUUUUAAAAACCAAAACAACUUGAGGCUUUCUAUUUCUAAAGUUUGAGAACCUUGUUAACAUACAAGAUGAAAAAGAAAACUGAAUCCUGUAUUUGAUAACUUUAAGCAUAUCUACUGGAAUAACUAUCAGUACACUUAAGUAGGAAUGAGCUUACAAUAAAUGACCUAAGGAAAUGCUUUUAAAUGUCACAUAUUGUCAGAGUGCUCCACUCCAGGUUUCAGCAGAAUUCCACUAGCCCAGGGCUAUAAUAUAUAUUUAACCCUUAUUAGUCUUAAUUAGUUUUUAAAAAUUGCAGAUGGCAAAUUUUUUUUUCAGAAACUAACUUUUAGGAAAAAAAUGAAUACAAUAUCUUAAUCUUAGCAUAUAGCAGCUUAUUGUUUUUCCUUUGCUUUGCUCCAACUCUGGGCUAGUUACCUUAUUGUGAAAGUCUGCUGUUAGGUCUUAUAUUUAGCAACUGUCAAGCCACACAAGAAAAGAUUUGAACCUGCCAUCACAGAUUUAUAAACAAAUUCUUAAAUUGAGAACUCAUCUAAAGUAUAAAUCAGAAGUCAAUAUAUUGAUAAAUUUCUAGUGUUAUUUUUAAUUAGAAACUGAUUUAAUUCCAAUAAUGUAAUUCUUAUAGUGCCAAUAUUUUGAUACAUUUUGUAAGGUUUUUGAAAAAUUACAAAAUAUAAUUGUUUUCCAUUCAUAUUUUUCUUUCAGUGCCAGGCGCAGCUCAUCACGUGGUGCUCCCACCUCCUCCAGCUUCUAAAGAAAAGGAAGGAGAUGAAGAAGGGAUUGAAGAAAGCACUGAGCCAUCCCUGGACAUGAAGAUAGAUGAAGAGGAUGAAGGCUCUGCAGUAGAGGGAUCAUAAUGGACUGGAGAUUAUAAUGUUAAUACUAAUGAUAGUAUAUGUACAGCAAAUAUUGGAGAAAAGAUGGAAAAGAAAGCACUGUGAUAGAUAGGGAAUGUGUGAUAAAUAUUUUUUAAAGGAGAUGUGUAUUUAAUAUUGACAUUUCAAGACAUAAAAUAAGAUGAUAUUUUGCAUAGAAUUGUCUGAAAAUGCUUAAAUCUAAUGAAUUUUAUGUGAACAAGUAAAUUUUGAUACCCAUUUACAGCUUGACGGCUUGAAUGAAUGAGGAAGUCUUCUGUUUAAAGUUUAUAAAAUGUUUUAGAAUUAUCUUAUACGCAUGUUCUACUUAUCAAAGAAGAUGGUUACUAAGGCUCUAUGCCCAUUACCCUUUUUAAUUUGUUCAUCAGUUUAAAAUUUGAUUUAGAAAAUUGUGGGUUGAAUGGUUUAAUUAUAUUUCAGAAAUUGGGGAUAAAAAUUCUUUAGCAUUGAAACAAAACACUUUACAUAUAUAGUAAAAUAAUUCUGUUGUCAAAAAGUAAAGUCUUUGACUAAUUGAUCAAUGCCCAAUAGACAAUUUUUAAACAAUUCUGAUUCACCAUCCACACAGAUCAAAUAGACUUUAAAAAAAAAAAGUUGUUUGUAGCUUUGGCAUUAAGUGUAGGAGCUGUAUAUUGUUACAUAUUUAUUUUCAUCGUGUCACCAUUUGUGAACAUAUUUUCCUCUCUGAAGUUCAAUAUAGACAAUUGAAUAACAUAUUUUCUGACUAACUUAGAAAUCCAUUAAAAUAUAAAUGGACAAUUCUCAUAUUCCAUCAACACUGAACAUAUUGGAUAUCCUUCCUGGAAAAUGCCCUCAAUUUUAUUACCAUUGAAUCAUAUCAAAAUGUUUAGUUCUACCAUUGUUAAAUAGCAAUUAUCCUUUGAUCUGAUUCAUUAAAUUUUGAAGUUUUAUUUAAAUUUCUUCAUUGAAAUGGAAAUAAAGCUUUGAGCUUCCUUGAGUCAUAGAGAGUACAUUUAUUGUUAAGUCAUAGAAACUAUUUUUAAAGAGAAUUUUACUAUAGCCUCUAGGCCUAAAUUUAUUUAAACUUUAUCUUUCUCAGAUACUUGAUUUCAAAUCACUAUAAUUACAUUUAGAAAUCUGUGCCAUGGGUUUAAUUGGUCAUUCAACUAUAAUCUUAAAUUUGAAAUGAUUUAAAGAUUGCCAUAAUAGAAAUAAACAAAAAAAAAUCACAAUUUCUUUAAAAAGUUAAAUUAUGUGUAACCCUGAUUAACCUUUAAUUAAGGUUAUUUUAAUAUGUAAUAGCUCUCAAAGAAAAAAGAAAUGUUGAUAUGCUUUUAAUAUCAAUAAGAAAAAAACCAGUCCACUCUAGUUAUCUAGCUUUUAGCCCACACCAACUUUUAUGAUAUUCCUAGAACUUAGCAUUGAAUGUCUUUUGUUUACAAUUUAAGAGUCAAAAUUUUUCUUGAUUUUGCUUAUCUUAGCUAAAAUUCAGAUCAUAUUUGGUUGAUCAAUGAGUUGAGCCUUUUUUGAAAUAUAUGAAACUGUGGUCUUAAAAUUUUGAAUAAAAAAGGACUUAACAUGGCUGUCAGCAUAAUACAGAUCAGACUGUUCACAGAUUAAUAAGAAAAAUUAUAACUUUCACUACACAUGCAUGUAUAUUUUACUAUUUAUGUUGGUAGGAUAAUCCAUUAUUCUGGUGAUGCUUAGGUCAUGGAUUUGAUCUUCAUUCUGGACAUUUUUUACAGGUUUGUUUAACUUAUAGGUAAUGGUUUACUCAAAUAUACUUUGUUUUAAAUAGUGCACAUGUCAACCAAUAUAAAAUAUUCUUUCUGCCCCCAAAAUCCCCAUUGUGUUUUUUGUGCUAUUUUUUUUAUUGGACAAUCUUGUAUUGUUUCAGUGUCAAAUUUUUGUGAAUGUAUAUUAUUAUGACUGGACUUUAUCAAAUUUUUGUAUAAAACAAAUAUGAACAUAAACCAUCUGCAAAAUAUCUUUUAAAUAAUCUCUUUGUCCGUAUAAUUUAUAUUUGUAUAUAUUUGAAGAUUAGGGGUCAUUCAUAAUAAUAAAGGAUGUCAUAGUAUUGAUUAUUUACUGCCCCUUCAUCACAAUUUAGCCAGACAAUUUAGACAACCUCAUAGCAUAUUAACAUACAUAAUCACAUAUUCAUAACUUCUUCCCCCAGAUGGAUGAAACCAUAUUUAAGACAAAAUAAGAUUCUUUUAUUGAUCCAAAUAACUUAAAAUCAGAUUAUAUAUAAAUAAAUAUUAUUUUCAAGACAAAUUUAAAGCUAGAACAAUUUUAACACAAGACAUCUAAAGUAAUUCUUAAGCUUAAGAUAUCAGUCAUUAUAUGCCACAAAACAUCACUUCUUUAGUGACAAUAUUGACUUUAAAGUGAUCAUUUAGAUUUUAUAACUGCUGGGGGUGCAUGCUGGUACAUUCUGACAGAUUAGGGAAAAAAUAAUUUUUAUAUCUUUUGGUUCUAAAAAUAAUUCACACUGCUUGAGCUGAUCCUAGGUAUCUGUAAUGAAGAAAGCGGGAUUCAAAAGCACAUCCCUCCACUUGAAUCUAUCAAUGGCUUUUAUCUGACCCCUAGUUUUUACUGAUCUUCCUUUUAAUGAUAAAGAAGUUUCAUGACAUAACUUAUAGGAAAAGUCAAAAUUUACAUUUGCUUGACAAAUCAUGUUUCAGUUUUAUUGAACUUAAAAUCGAACACUUCACAUUUUAGC